AUGGAAGAAUUAGCCGCAUCAUCAAUCUCUAGCGAGCUACAAGUUCCUAAUGAAAAAUACUUUUUACUUUCGGAUGGCCGUCAAUUAGCGUAUACCGAACAAGGUGAUACUAAUAGUAAUAAAAUCAUUAUCUUCUUUCACGGAGCAUUUGGUGUUGGUGAUUCUCCAAAUGAGAAUAAUUGUUACAAAGAAAUCGGAUAUCAUUUCAUUAUGCCUACACUUCCUGGUUGGGGUAAUAGUUCCCCAUGGCCGAAAAAUCAACCAAUUUCAAAUUACCCUAAUGAUAUUCAUCAAUUACUAUCAUCGUUGAAGAAAAAUGAUAAUAAAAAUCUUCGAAUUGUUGUUGCUGGUGGCAGUUAUGGAUCUGUUUUUGCACAAAUUUGUUUUAGCACAUCAACUGAUAUAAUGCCUGAGAUUAUCAAUAUUCAAUCAUUAAUUGUCUUAUCUGGUUUUUCUCCAUUCAAAUAUCAUAAAAAAUAUACUACUGGAAUGAGUUGGUCCAUUUAUUUUGCGAUUGGUAGUCCAGGUAUCCAUUUUCAUUUUAUUUCAAAAUUAGUAGGAUCGUAUAUUCAAAAGAAAGCUCGUAAUAUUGAAGAAGUCAAAAAAUUUGUACGAAAAAAAUUUUUUGAUCAAAUGAGUGACGAGGACAAGGCCAAAUUACGUAAAUGGGAAGAAGAGUACAAUAAAUCAGCAGAAUGGGCUAUUGAUAUGAUGUCGAGAAAUAUUUAUUUAAGUAUUUCUAAAACAAUGGCUGGUUUCAAUGAUAUGCCGCGUGUUUUACAUUCAGAUUGGGGUUUUGAUCCAAAGAAGCUUUCAUCAUCACCAAAACGAAAAGUAUUGAUUGUAGCUACACAAGGAGAUGAAAUUUCUCCUAUGGAAAUGUCAACAUAUUUAGUUGAAACUUAUCCUAAUGCAGAAAUGAAAAUACUUAGUGGAGGUCAUUUAGGUACACUUUUUGAAUUCGAUACAAUUAUAAAAAAUUGGCUAAUAGAUCUUGACAAAGAAUUUAAUGAAAGAACACAAUUGAAUGAGCAAGCAUCAUGUUCUUAA